UCCAAGUGCAUUGUGGGUGAAACAAAAGAAACGCGAUUUGCGACCAUAAAAUAAAAUAUGUGGCUAUGUUUUUUUCCUUCGGUGGCAACAUUAGUUAUGUGAGGGCGAAGACAAUUCUCCAUUCUAGCUGUCGUUUCCGCGCAGAUGAAUUAAAAACCGGCCCUGGGAGGUGUGGCCACGCGCGGAGCGGAGCCAACAUGGCACCGUCCUCGUCCCCAGUUUCACACUUUAAGCAGUGAUUCUUCAGAACAGCUAGUUUGCUAACUAACUUAGCUGCCUGAACAAAAAAAAACAAAACAAAGAAAUACCAAAACAAACAGCGACGCGGAACUACCGCCACAGAGCAGGGGCGGCGGGGGACAGCCGAACAUGGCCGAGCAGGAACCGCAGCAGGACCUCGAGAAGAAGAUCGAGGAGACCAGGCAGAGAUUCAAGAAUGAGUUACUCCAAGAUUCCACAGAGAAGUACGACUCCAGGGAUGUGGGGAGGCUGGAGCAGGACGAUGCUCUGGUGGAAGCCUACCUUACAUGGAGGCUGUAUGUGGUUGAUGACGCCUUGAAGAUGAUAGACGAAAGCCUCCUCUGGAGGAAGGAGUUUGGUAUAAAUGAUGUCAGCGAGAGCACCGUUCCCAGGUGGAUGUUCGAGAGCGGCGCAGUCUACCUCCAUGGCUACGACAAAGAAGGCAACAAACUCUUCUGGUUUAAGGUGAAGCUGCACGUCAAGGACGCCAAAUCAGUCGUGGACAAGAAGAAGUACAUCGCCUUCUGGCUGGAGCGGUACGCAAAGAAAGAGCCCGGGAUGCCCCUCACCGUCGUGUUCGACAUGACGGAUUCCGGCAUCAGCAAUAUCGACAUGGACUUUGUAAAAUAUGUCGUUAAUUGCUUCAAAGUUUACUAUCCAAAGUUUUUAUCCAAAAUGAUCAUAGUGGACAUGCCUUGGAUCAUGAACGCCGCGUGGAGGAUCGUCAAGUCUUGGUUGGGUCCAGAAGCCAUCGCCAAGCUGAAGUUUGCAUCCAAAGCUGAAGUCCAGACAUUUAUAGAUCCAGAGUACCUGCCGCCUCAUCUGGGUGGAACGGAUCCCUUCAAGUAUAACUACCCCCCUCUUCCAGACGAUGACUUCCAGACGCCGCUCUGCGAGAACGGGCCGAUCGUCAGCGAGGACGACGCGGAGAGCAAAGAGGGUGAAAUGGAGAGCAGGGAUACCCUCGAGUCUAGCUAUAACUCUGAGAUUGUGGCAAAACCCAAAAAGGUGAACUUUCUAGAAGACAGCUUGAGGUCAGACGACGGUGAAAGAGACACAAGCGCGAAAGCGAAAGGCGUAAGGAAGCCACAGACCACGUUCAAAGGCCUUCUGCUAGAUGUUAGUCCUGCUGAGGAGCUGAGCUUCGGUUCCGGAGAGAACGAGAAGAAAUGCCUAAUCGUUUUGAGCAACGUCGCCAAAAACCAGGUGGCCUUUAAGGUUCGCACCACGGCGCCCGAGAAGUACCGGGUGAAGCCCAGCAGCAGCAGCUGUGAGCCGGGGGCCUCGGUGGACAUAGUGGUGUCCCUACAUGGAGGUUCCCAGGCUUCCCCGCAGGACCGAUUUCUGAUCAUGGCGGCAGAAAUGGAGAACGUCGGCUCGCAGGAACUCGCUCAGUUCUGGAAAGAAGUCCCAAAGACCAAGAUCACGGAACACCGAUUGCGUUGUCACAUCCUGGACAGCGUGAAACCAGCAGCCAGCCCUCGCAGGGACAGCCUGCAGGAGACGUCGAGCAAUGGGCAGCAGGAGUUGAGCACAGCACUCAUGCGAGUGAUGGCCUGCAACUCUCGGCUGGAGCAGAAAGUGAACUCGUGUCUGUGGGUGCAGAAGGUUCUCACCGGGCUGGUGCUGGUCCUGCUGGUGCUGAACCUGCAGUGCCUCUACCUGCUGGGCACGGCGCAGCGGCCGUCCUGACCGCCGCGUCUUCUCAGCCCCGGGGGAGGGUGCCGACGGUUCCGGCCGGGCCACGUUAGACCCGCCUGACGAGGACGGCGGCCCCGCGCUCCGGUCUCCGCCGGCCGCCGUCUUCAGAGAGGAGCAGAGGCGACACCCGGGACGCGGAGACCGUCCUGCUGUCUUCUCCGUUAAUUUAACAGAGACAAUUGUAGCUCCUUUUUAUGGCUGAUCAGGAAAACAUAAUUUAUAUUAAUGACAUUUAUUAAAAUUUGUUGGAAGGAUUAGUCAUAUUAAGCUUCAUGUAGAAUUUUUUUUUUUUAUAAUGUAUGAAUCUCUAAAAGAAAUCUAUUUAAAACAACGCAAUCAAAUAAACCCUUUUUAUUCAC